AUGACCGAAAUGAGCGAGAAGGAGAAUGAACCGGAUGACGCGGCCACCCACGCCCCCCCAGGGACCGUCUCCGUCCUCCAGGAAACCAAGCUCCAGCGAUUCAAGCGUUCACUCUCCCUCAAGACCAUCCUCCGAAGUAAGAGUGUGGAGAACUUCUUCUUUCGCUCGGGCGCUGAGCUCAAGUGCCCCACCGAGGUGCUGCUGACGCCCCCAACGCCACUGCCCCCUCCCUCCCCACCAUCGACAUCCACAGACAGGGGCCUGCCCACCCCAGCCCCUUCCCCGUGCCCAAUCCCACGCCCCCUGGCCCCACUCAAACCAGUGAGGCUGCACAGCUUCCAGGAACAUGUCUUCAAGCGAGCAAGCCCUUGUGAGCUAUGUCAUCAGCUCAUUGUGGGAAACUCCAAGCAGGGUUUGCGAUGUAAGACAUGCAAAGUCAGCGUCCACCUCUGGUGCUCUGAGGAAAUCUCCCAUCAGCAAUGCCCAGGCAAGACGUCCACCUCCUUCCGUCGCAACUUCAGCUCCCCCCUCCUGGUGCAUGAGCCACCACCAGCCUGUGCCAUAAGCAGAGAGUCCCCACCCACUGGGGCCAGCGGGAAAGUGGACCCCGUCUAUGAGACCCUGCGCUAUGGCACCUCCCUGGCACUGAUGAACCGCUCCAGCUUCAGCAGCACCUCUGAGUCCCCCACACGGAGCCUGAGUGAGCGAGAUGAAGUGACUGAGGAUGGGGAAGGCAGCAUCCGCAGCUCAGAGGAGGGGCCUGGUGACAGUGCAUCUCCAGUAUUCACAGCCCCAGCUGAGAGCGAAGGAUCAGCAGCAGAGGAGAAGAGCCCUGGACAGCAGCCUCCUAAACCCCCCCUGCGGAAGGAUGUGGGGCCCAUGUACUCCUACGUUGCGCUCUACAAGUUUCUGCCCCAGGAGAACAAUGACCUGGCUCUGCAGCCUGGAGACAGGAUCAUGCUGGUGGAUGACUCUAACGAGGACUGGUGGAAGGGCAAGAUUGGUGACCGGGUUGGCUUCUUUCCAGCCAAUUUUGUGCAGCGGGUGAGGCCAGGCGAGAAUGUUUGGCGCUGCUGCCAACCCUUCUCCGGGAACAAGGAACAGGGUUACAUGAGCCUCAAGGAGAACCAGAUCUGUGUGGGCAUGGGCAGAAGCAAGGAUUCUGACGGCUUCAUCCGCGUCACCAGUGGCAAGAAGCGGGGCCUGGUGCCAGCCGACGCCCUGACCGAGAUCUGAUAGGAGCCAAGAGAACCCAGAUGCCAUCCUUGCUUCUGGCCCGGGAGGGGAGCAGGCAUCCUUGUCCACACCCUUUCUCCCUCUGCCUCUCUCCUAGGGACCACUCAAUGUGGCUUAGGAGCCUUCUGCAUUGAUGUUUUGAUUCUUGGCUAGGGUGACCUGAGUGGGUCGAUCCUCUGGGACUUGGUGGGGGAGCGGAGAAAGUGGGAGGGGAUGAGGAAGCUGCAGGUAGGUCCACACAGUGCCCAGGUACCCCCAGUCCAGUUGCAAUGCUGAGUCCAGUCCUGGGGAAAGGUUCUGGGGAACGUCCUUGCUGCUUCUUCCGGAGAGCCUUCCCCCACCCACGCCACCUUUGCAUGCCUGACACACCCAUCUCCCCACAGAGCCUCUGCUUGGGUCUAUGUGUGUGUGUCCAUGCAUC